AUGCCACUUGUAGGCCGUGCUUACGACUCGGGCUUCCCUGUUGACAAGCCGAAUAAUCGCAUCACUGAUCUCGCACGGGUCGCCCUCGAUUUAAGCUGGGCCACCGAACGGUCAGAGACAGGAAGGUCUUCUUCCCGGCCUUCUCCGUAUCCAUCUCCGCCCAUGUCAGGCUCCCCUCACACUCUGCACAAGGCGACUUCAGAAGCGAGCGACCUCGGCCUCAUACCAAGCAGCAACUACUCAUCAGCAGUUCCUCAAGAUGCAUACGGGGGGUACUCGACCCAAUCAUCUCCGACAGACUCACGAUCCUCGCAAGGUUACCCCGGUGUUCCGGAUCUUUAUUCUCGAUCGUACCCCUCUGACGCCUUAGAAAGAAUGAAUUACGGUUACCAGCACCCUAGCGAUCGCUCGAAUCGACCGCCCUCCUACCAUCCUCAGGGCCAGAGUCUGCCAGGGAUUUCGCAAGGGCCUCCCCAGACUCUCCCGUACCCUCCACCUAGCCCAAGCCCUCAAAUGAACCUCAGCCGUCCCUCGACUGUUGAAAGCCAGCCUGGAGCCUCCCCAAAGUCACAGAGGAAAGCAAAGGGACAUGUCGCUUCUGCGUGUGUCCCUUGCAAGAAAGCUCAUCUUAGUAACGGCAAAGAAGAUUCCUGCCACGACGUCGUACAUAAAAAGAGAGGACGUCCCCGAUUACGAGACGACCGGGAAGCCCGAUAUGACCUUUCAAGACCCCCACCUCCACAUGACAAUGCCUUCCGGAGAUCUCUCAACAUCUACCCCACCUCCAAUGCCAGUGGCUCUGGGUAUGACAGCCUCAUGCAACACCAGCCUGGUAGGGAGUUGCAUCCUCAUCCUAGCGAGCAUCAAGGUCUUCACCAUACGGAUAGAGGCUACUACCCCGAGGAGGAUGUAUACGGGAGACCAAUCAUCAACUCGAGGCCAGAGGAGCCUGUCGCCUAUCUGACAUUGGACUUUGAGUUUUCUCGAGUGUCUAAUGCUUUUAAUGAUGCCAUUGGGAAUAUCGGACCUCGUCGAACGUUGGCAGACACCGUUGCUCCCAACGACAGAGGAAAGGUCAAGAGACUGCAGAGCGAACUAUCCACCGAGCAGAAGCAGAUAGCGCCCAAUUAUUUACCUCCUAUCUUAGGUAGAGGUGAGCAAGUGCUUUCGGGCAUAGGGUUUACGCUUGAAGAUUUCGGUGGAUUUCACCUAAGGUAUCCGGAAUACUUGACCUUCGUUGCCGCUGACAACGGCCAAACCCGGGUAUUUCCAGUACAGCUUGGCCUUGCAAAAUCAGGGCAGUUCUUCUUCGUGGUGGCUCUUCUGGGGAUGGGCAAUCGACUGCAACAGCCGGUACCGGCGCCUCACCUUGGUCGCAAUGCACCAAUGGCUUACUCACCACAUGGAGGGCCAGCCUAUCCCGCCUACCCACAACAGCACCGACAAACUCCCGUGGGGCACAGCCGUCCUCCUCAGCAUUCUCCGCCACUUCGACAGCUCCCAGCUGGCCCUCAGUCGCUUCCACUCCACAGUCGUGGUAUGAGCCACCCUAGCGAGUAUUCCUAUUCAAAUAGACAGCAAUAUCAAGAAGGCCCCCAGCAUCACACACCUCGAAGCCAACGUCCUCCAGCCCCGCAAUCUCACGGCCCGGCGUAUCAGCUGCCUCCUAUUCGAUCGCCGAUGGAGAGGCAAGGCCCCCCUCGAGAUCAAGACUGGUAUCAACGAGAGGAGAGGACCAACCGUGUGGAUAUCGGUGGCCUCAUCGAGAAGCCUGAAGGGCCAGGCCGGAUGCACUAG